AUCCGGCUUGCACAACUAUUGAGAGUGAACGGUUGAGUGUCUAACCUAACCACUACCUUGCCUGUUACUUUGUCACGAGUAUUCGGUCAAUAAAAGCCGGAAAAAAUACGAAUUUCCAUGUUGAACCUUGAUUAUAAAGAGAAAACGAAUCAACAGUACCCCAUAUAAGUAAUAUGCCCCACUUCCACCCUAACAUCCACCCACCAAAAAAAGCAAGGUCAAAUUCUCCAACUGCUCAGUACAUUUGCCUUUUCAAUUCUAAAAAUGUAACCGACCAUUUAAAUUAUUAUUCUUAUUCCCAUUAAUUUUCAUUAAUUCGACUGUUAAUUCCUUGAAAAAGUAGUUCAAAAUUGGAAAUUCUGGUUGUUCUUCGCCAUUUUCGUGUAAAUUGUUGACAUAGAAGAGAGAAAAUGGGUCAUGGAAAUUCGAAAGAUUCUUCUUCAUCAUCUCAUAGUCGCAGAGCAAAGUUGCGGCAAAAACUGCGGCGUGUUGUGCGGCGUGAUAGUCGUUUGAAGCAAUCUGGAAAUGGAUUUAAGUUGGUUUCUGCAGAUGAUUUCGCCGGAAUCGCUCUUCUUACUCUCAUCUCUGAUUAUAAUGAAGAUGGCUGCCUUUCUUUCUCUGAAUUCUCUCAGUUGAUUGAUGCAUUUGGCAAUCAAGCUGCAGCUGACAAGAAAGACGAGCUUUUCAAGGAUGCAGAUAAAAACGGGGAUGGAGUUGUUAGCAUCGACGAAUUGGCUUCCCUCCUUUCCUAUCAUCAAGAAAAGGAAUCCCUCAUUAACUCUUGUCCAGUUUGUGGUGAGCUCCUUGACGCUUCCAAUCAGGUUGGUAGCAUGGUUCAUAUGACCUUGUGUUUCAAUGAAGGGACAGGAAACAAUGCAAUGAGUGGGGGAUUUUUAACAGAUAAGCAGGCUUCAUAUGGAUGGCUACUCAAACUGAGUGAGUGGGCACAGUACUCUUCUUAUGGCAUUGGCUUGAACUCAGGCUCAAAGGCAGGACAUAUUCUGGUUUUUUAUCGUACAACAAAGAGGCUGGUGGAAGAACUGAUUGAUGGAAAGAUUAUUUUGGCAAUGAGAUCCUUGUAUCAAAAUAAACCGGGGCUUUACUUUCUCGGAAAAGGAGGCAAAGAAAUUAUGCAAAAACUCUCUGAAAAGCAAGGAGAAAAAAUGAACUCGGCUGGUUCUACAAAAGAGAUACCAAAAUUUAUUGAACUUUUCAAGGAUCAGCUGAACUUAUCUGAAACAAAAUACCCUCUGGAUCACUUCAAGACCUUUAAUGAAUUUUUCAUUCGGGAACUAAAGCCUGGUGCAAGACCCAUUGCCUUCAUGGAUCGUGAUGAUAUUGCAGUAUGUGGUGCAGAUUCUCGUCUAACGGCUUUUAAAAAUGUGGAAGACAGCACUAGAUUCUGGAUCAAGGGUCGGAAAUUCUCUAUUCAAGGCCUAUUGGGAAAUGAUGUUUCUGCCAGUCAUUUUAUUGGCGGAACAUUGGUGAUAUUUCGGUUAGCUCCUCAGGAUUAUCAUCGUUUUCACUUACCAGUUUCGGGGACCGUUGAGCGAUUUGUUCAUAUACCUGGGUGCUUAUACACGGUUAAUCCUAUUGCUGUAAAUAGCCUUUGUGAUGUCUUCACAGAGAAUAAGAGAGCUGUGUCUAUCAUUUCAACUUCAUGUUUUGGAAAGGUAGCUUUUGUUGCGAUUGGAGCAACAAUGGUUGGCAGCAUUACAUUUACUAGGAAACAAGGUGACUAUGUUCAGAAGGGCGAGGAGUUUGGGUACUUCUCAUUUGGUGGAAGCACUGUAAUUUGUGUGUUUGAGAAGGGCGCAAUAAAACUGGACGAGGACCUCCUAGACAAUAGUGCCCGAUCUCUUGAGACUUUGGUUCGUGUAGGAAUGACGCUGGGUGUAUCUACCAAAACAAAUAUACGAUGAAGCUAUGGCUACCAAGUCAUUUCCUGAUACAAUUUGGUGCAGUGCAAUAGUUCAUUGCACACCGAAUCAUGAGCCUGUGUGUUGCAGCUCUCUCUUGCCAUUUUUUUUCUUUUCCUUUUUCAGUUUCCUACUUUUGUCACAUAAUCUUCAACUGUUUUUGUCUGCUUACGAACUAGUGACUUUAAAUCCCUCUCCUUACAAUUGCCACGCUUAAUAGGAUAGGGAUUUGGGUUUUGUAAUGCUUGCCAACAUCCAGGUAGUUGAUGAUAAUGACGAGACAAUGAUGAACAAACUUCUUUGGUAGACGUGUAACUUGUCCCAUUGUAUAGUUAACAAUGAUGCCAUCUUAGUUUAGUGCAUGAUGAAGUGUGAUCAAAGUCUGAUGUUUCUAUUGAUCAGUUUCUAUAUAUCAUAUAGACAUGUAGUCUUUGUA